ACUCGAAAAUCUGAUUCGGUCUUCCACAUCGAAUCCUCUGAUGGAAUUUAUUUCCAUCAAAUUCGUGCUUUCAUUGAGAGCUUGAGAGGAUACACUUGAAGUUAUCUCCAACAAAACAAAAAUGGUACAAACAUGGAGCAACCUCAAUGUCGAGGCGGAAGAUAGUGGUGCAAGCGGCGGCGCUCGACCACCGAACACUUGUGACGAAGCCCAACGUAUCGUAGAUGGGAUUAGAAUCACCACCGAGAAGUUCAAAGCUGUCCUUGCUGCCCUCUCCACCUUGGGGGGGGGAGCACACGAUGCCACUGGUCAUGGAAGUCCUAAGAACGAUGAUGCAAGAAAAGAAGGUUCAAUGGGCAAGAAGAAGAUCACAUGUUCCCAGAAGCAGAAGACCGGCAAGGCUAACGGGAAGGUACCCAUGAAAGAUGUGCUAAAAACCGUGGAGGGAGACAAGUCUUCGCACGAACACGCCUAUGCCUUUCAUAAGCUGGAGGACCCGAAACCUUAAAGGCAGCGGGUAUUAGCAUUUGACUGUUUAG